UAUAACAAAAACAAUGUAUUCUCUUGCUUUGAUUGUUCUUUCAAUUUUCGCUGGCGCCCAAUGUCAAAUCUUCGCACCAUACCCAAGAGCCGUUCCAGCCGUCGUGCCAAGCUGUCCCUGUGGAAAUCCCGCGCCAGUGCCAUUGCCCGUGCCAGUGCCAGCCGUAUUGCCAGGACGACCCUGCGCUAAUCCGCCAUUAAACGCCAUAGUGCCAGCAUGCGGAUGUGGCAAUCCAGCUCCAUUGCCAGUACUGAAAACGCCUUUAGGUUAUGAGCCAGCGUUUAACCCUGUAAUUGAAGCUCCAUUGCCACUGUCUCUGGCGUCUCUGGCGCUUGGCAACCCGUUUCUGCCAGCCGCGUCGCCAGUGUCCGCGUUGGCGCCAUUCUCGCCCUUAUUGCCGCCUGCCAAUACGUGCAGUCGUUGCCAAUAUUUGAAGAAGAUUCCUAUUCCACCUCCCUGUAUCUAAAUGGUGUGUUUAUUUAUUUUUCUGUUUUGAAUAAAUUAUUUUGUUAAUUUAA